AAUCGCAGCUGUUUGCCUUCGCUUCUUCUCCGGGGUCAGAGCUGUCGUUGCUGCUGCCGCUGCCCCUCCGCCACUCGGACUCGACGAAAGACCGCCAAACACUCUCCCUGUGGCCUUACUCCUCUCGGUUAUGAUUGUUUUCUUUCAUCGAGAAACAUAACUUGCUGGUAAUUUGUUAAACUCAAGACAAAUUCCUCGAGAAGCAGUCGUGGGCAGGCGCAGACGUUUCUUACUCCGACCAUUUUGGCAAAUUAAAAGCACAAGGGCCGUUGAUUGUCCUCAUUUCCACGACUUUUCAGCUCAGAACUGCUUGCUGUCCUUUGCCUUGGAAGGACAUUUUAUCCAUAGUCACAAUAAUGGCGGCUGAAGUGCAAAUAGUACUUUAUGAAGAUGACUCAGUGCAAGUACAAUAUGUUGAUGGUUCCAGAUUGCAGCUUUCUCCCUGUGGCUCUGAAUUUUUAUUUGAAAAAGCACCUCCUAUUUCAGCACAUCCUUUACAACAACCAGAAAGAAUUCGCCAAAGGACACACUUUGUUAUUAGCACGUACCGAGAGCAGCUACAGCGAGCCCUAGAUUUCCGUAACUCUUUUGCUACUUGCCCUUUUUUAUCUGAAAGCAUCAUACCUUCUGAAAGGAAAAAGCGUAUCUUCACUGACAUCUCAGAAGUGAGAUGGCCCAGUCUUGAUACUGAUGAUGGCAUGGUACGUAUGCAGAGUGGCACCGUGAAGAUAUCAUCUUUAGAUGGUCAUGCAUACCUUUGCCUGCCCAAAUCUCAGAAUGAAUUUACAGUACAUUUUUUGUGUAAAGUAAGCCAGAAGCCAGACUCAUCUAUAGUACUGUCAGAAAAAAAUAAUAAAGCCAAAAAGGACAAACUAGUUGAAAAAGCUGGCAAAAUCUGUACAUAUGGAAGUUUAUCAGGACAGAGACUGAAGAAUAAAGAAAAUGAACUUUAUUAUCAGAUCACGAAAUCCAAAGAACGUUUAGAGAAGAGUUGUGUAAAUGGAACUGAAGGGAGGGAGGCGCUGUCUUCACCUGGGACAAAAGACACGUGUGUAUACACGUGGGUAAAGCAGUGCUGGUCUGUGGCCUCCUGUCCGGAGGAAUGGAAAUAUCCUUUGUCUUUAGCACUUCGUUUUCAUAAUAAAAUCAGCAAUAUGUCUGGAACUGAUGCAGAUAUCACCCAGAAGAGAAUUUUAACUUCUGACGUUUCUGAGGAAAGAGGAAAAGAAGUUUCUGUUCUUCCCAGGGCCCUGUUACUAAGCUGUCCUGUCCCACACCUGCACAGGUGGAAUUAUUGUGAUUCACUUUCACAGUUCGGUGAAGAAGAAUAUUCCUAUCCUGAACUAGUGAAAGUGGUUUGGUACAAGGGUAUUACCUAUAGACUUACCCACAAAAAUAUGAACUCAAUAGAGGUUUAUCCUGGAGAUGGAUCUGUUUUCAAAUCAGAAGGAGCUUAUUUGGGAAACUAUUUUAUAUAUUAUUCCAUUCAAGAAGGAUCAGAAAAGAGAGAAGACAAAACUUAUUCAGUAAAUAACCUUCCUCCAGAUAGACCAGGAAGUCCAUUUUCUGUUUGUUCUCUAAUUAAACAGGCAACCAGAAUUCUUCAGCAUUGUGCCAAGAUGAAGCUUUCUUUAAGCCAUAACUAUCAUAUAUGCUGCUGGAAAAUGGUACCUGGGAUAAAUGAUAGCAAUAUACUGCCUUUGCUUUUGAGGGAAUCGUUCAUACCCAACGUGGGAAGAUUUCUUGCAUACUCUGAUGACAAAGUACAUGCUGUCUUUUUAGAUGGCAUUACUCUAACCAUGAAUUGGAAUUUCAGUUCUCUUAUUGAAAAGAGACAGGUAAAUCGAGGUCUCAAUUUAGGUUGGUGUAAGUUAACUUUUCCUGAUGGACAAAAUCAGUUAAUUCAGAUUCAACACGCUGGACCAUAUGAAAGAUAUGUGACAACAGUAAUAUCAUGGUGCAAAAGACUGACCCAGGCUAGCCAGAAAGAAAUGCCUACACAUCCUUCAUCUUCUGUUCCAGAAGAAAACUGGCUGGAGUACAAGGAAAGAGUGCAGGCUGAUGAGGUGCAUGUGGUCCAUUGCGUGUGGUCCAUUGUCUGCCAGUAAAGCAGACAAGUUGUAUACCCUAUUGUGAGCUGUGAAAAGACUAUUCUAGUGACUUGAAUAAAGAGAUGUUUGCAUGAAUGUCCUCAUUAAUUUUGCAGAGCUAGUCCAGUUACACUAUUUUCUAGUUGUGUGCCACUGCUCAUACUUCAUCUAGUGAUGAGGAAAAACACAAAGAACACACACAUAAGAGGUUCUGCUGGAUUUGUGUACAUUUAGCCUUCUAUCCCAUACCAGUUGCCCCAAUAUCUGUUUCUAUGGAACAUGGUAAGGGCUAAUGUUCAUAUAUUAACCCUUCAAGUCAAGAAGAGAAUGUUUAGUAUACUGUGCUUAAGAAAACAAUUAAAUGAUUAGGUAGUCUAUUCCAGAAGAAAUUUAAUAGAAAAUAGUUAUUAUGCUUUCACACCUAAUUCAAUCGUGUAAAAAGUUGGCCCUGGAGACCAUCCAUUCCCUAAGAGUUCCAUAUAAAUGAGGUCUUACUAUAUAUGUAAGAUCCCUUCUCCUCCAAAG